CCUAAAGUAUUGAUACGCAACAUCACCCACGCUACAAUGUCGAAAGAUACUGAGAUGCUUUCUGCCGACGAAGUCGCCGUCGCUUCAAAGGAGGAGCGCCGCGAAAAGAAGAAGGAGAAAAAGGAGAAGAAAGAGAAGAAGCGCUCGAGGACAGAAUCGAACGCUGAGGUUGCGCAGGCCGAUGCCACCGAAGAUGAAGCGGAGACACCAGCGAAAAAGCGCAAACGUGAGAUACUUCCCGAAGAGCUCGAGAUCGACAUCAGUCUUCCCGAACCCGCGUCAAAGAAGGCCGCUCGUAAAGCAAAGAAGGCGAAACUGAACCCGACACCCGCCGCCGACGUAGAUGGACCAGAAGCGGUUGCGAAGAUAGACGGGGCGGCGAGAGAGGAUAAGGACACGGCUGCACAGCGCUCAGCAUAUGGCGUCUGGAUUGGUAACCUGCCAUGGUCUGCCACCAGGGAGACACUGCGAAAGUUCUUGACCGAUAAUACUGAGAUUGCGAGUGAGCAAAUAACACGCGUCCACAUGCCCCCACCGACAAAGCCGACUCCCGCCAAUUGGACCACCAAGCCCACGAACAAAGGCUUUGCAUAUGUGGAUUUCUCUACAGAGCUGGCAAUGUACUCAGCGAUUGCUUUGACAGAGACGAAGAUGGAUGGACGCGCGCUACUCAUCAAGAACGCGAAGAGCUUUGACGGACGCCCAGACAAGCCCAAAACAGAGGAGACUCAAGACACCCGUGGGGGCAAGGGUGCUAAACCAGGCCAUCCCCCGAACAAGCGCAUUUUCGUGGGCAACCUUUCCUUCGAUGUUACAAAGGAAGACCUUGAGGCACACUAUGCCCCAUGUGGAGCGAUCGAUAACAUUCAUAUGGCAACAUUUGAAGAUUCAGGCAAGUGCAAGGGAUAUGCUUGGGUUACUUUCGGCGACGUGGAAGCUGCAACGGCAGCGGUCAAAGGCUUCGUAUUCAAAGAUCCAUCUGCGUUCAAGAGCAAAAAGGACAGGGAUGAGAGCAGUGACGAAGAGGACGCCAAUAAACCCGUAAAGCAAAGGAAAUGGCUAGUCAACAAACUGAUGGGCAGAGAGUUGCGUCGUGAAUUUGCCGAGGACGCGAAAACGAGGUAUGAUAAACGUUUUGGCAAGGCCGAGCCUGUGGACGGAGUCAAUCCCGACCGAUGGAAGAAUUUUGGCAACGACGGAGAUCAAAGAAGAGGCAGAGGUGGUGGCAGGGGUGGUGGCAGAGGUGGCAGAGGAGGUAGAGAUGAUAUGGGAAGCAGGCAAGAUAGAGGAGAGGGCAAUGGCGGACGGGAUUUCAAGCGCAAGGUUGAUCCGAGAACCAUCAAGAGUGGUGCAGCGCAUUCGAAUGCGCCGAGAGCAAGUCAAGCUAUUGUGGAAUCGCAAGGGAGGAAGACUACCUUUGAAUGAGAGUAUACUUUGUAGUCAGGCCAAACAUAUAGGAUACCCCACAAGUAAGAGCUAGUCGCCAUGUACGGCAGGUAUCUCGCUGCGUGUUACAAGACUGGAAGGCGCAUGGUUACACGUAUUAAAGUCUCCUUCUACCUACGCCUUUUGUCGCUCUCAAUACCCUGAUACUAUUGUCACGCUCUGAUAGCAGCUAUCGCGCUACCCUACUCACCGCAGUGUUACACCAUCUGUAUCAAUUCUUAUCAACACUAAAU